AGUUUGCGGUGGGCGGGUUCUGUUGUGACCGGCUGCUGGUUUCGCUUUUGGGUAGAAGAAGGCCAGCGCACCGGAGUCAGAAUGUCUAUUAUGAACUAUAAUGGAGGGGCCGUCAUGGCCAUGAGAGGAAAAAACUGUGUGGCUAUAGCUGCUGAUAAACGCUUUGGAGUCCAAGCUCAGAUGGUGACAACAGACUUCCAGAAGAUCUUUCCCAUGGGGGAACGCUUGUAUAUUGGACUGGCUGGCUUGGCAACUGAUGUGCAGACAGUGUCCCAGCGCCUGAAGUUCAGAUUGAACCUUUACGAGUUGAAAGAAGGGCGUCAGAUCAAACCUAAAACUUUUAAAAGCAUGGUGGCUAACUUGCUGUAUGAGAGAAGGUUUGGUCCUUACUAUAUUGAACCAGUUAUUGCGGGUUUGGACCCCAAGACCUUUGAGCCAUUCAUUUGCUCUCUGGAUCUUAUUGGAUGUCCAAUGGAGACUGAAGACUUUGUAGUUAGUGGGACGUGUUCAGAACAGAUGUACGGCAUGUGCGAGUCCCUCUGGGAGCCAGACUUGGAGCCAGAGGACCUUUUCGAAACCAUCUCACAGGCCAUGCUGAAUGCUAUGGACAGAGAUGCUGUCUCUGGAAUGGGGGUGGAUGUACACAUAAUAGAAAAAGAUAAAGUUACCACGCGGACACUGAAGGCACGCAUGGAUUAACCUUUCCCGAAACUGAACCUGGGGCUCAGCACUGUAACCUUUUUUUUUAAUUAAAGCAAAUCAUUUUUUGGUGGA